AUGAAUCGUCGGCCGAUGAAAACUCGUAGUUGUAGUCCAAUACGGUCGCCGCACCGGUUCUCGCCGAUGGGCAAGGCAUCGCCUCUGAUCAUUGUGGCACCACGACACGAGAGUCUUCAGGUUCGAAAAGAUGCCUUGAUUGCCAACAUGAUGAAAAUGAAUGCCUUCAAAUUGCCGAUAGCCCAAGGGUCUCUGGGAGAUAUUGGCACUAAUGCCAGGACACUGCGACGGACCAAAUCUGCCGACGAUGCCAAGAACACUAGUGUACGAGACAUGAGUUCACGAGGACGAAACAAGAGUCCCAAAAAUCUCAAUGGCAAUAAAGCACCACCGCCGCCGCCUCCUCCGCCGCCGCCACCCACUUUGGAACCCAAGAAAACCGGUACCGCCAUUAGCAGUAGACCCGCCACGCCGAAAAAGAGCAAAAAAGCCUCUGUCGGUAGCAGCACUAGCAAAUCUUUGACACACAAAGAACGCAUUCAACAAGGACUAGUGCCCAAACCACCACCGCCACCACCACCGCUCGAUUCCAAACCCAAAUCACGAAACAAGGCACCGCCACCACCGCCCACUACAGCACCCACUAAUAAAAACAAAGCCACGGCAGCAAAGACACAACAACAACCACCCGUGACGCCCAGUCGAAAACCCAAAAAGAAAAUUGUCAUCAAAAAGGACUCCACAUCAUCAUCAUCAUCACCACCCAACUCACCACCACCAGCAACCAACACCAAAUCUAACACCAAACCAUUACGAACCAAGAAAACCAGCGAGAGUGCCUUGGCGCGAACGUCAUCGUUACGCCACAUGGAACAACCAACUACGACGACGCCAACACGCAAAGGAGGUCUCCAACGAGCGGCAUCGGCACGGUUGGCCACCAAAAAGAUCAGUAGUGCCGACAAGGCCACUACAGCAUCCGACAAGAAAUCCAAUACUACUUGUUCUAGUAGUACUAAAAGGGACCGAGCACCACCUAAAAAGUCUCGCUCAUUUGAAGAAAAACCAAAGGCAGCGGGACGAGGAGGCAUGCUACGGUCCAUGAAAAAGAUCAUGUCGGAACGAAAAUUGGUCAAAACCAACAGCAGCAAGAAUCUGGCACCGCCCCCGCCGCCCGUCACGGAUAUCGCGUGA